UCCUCUCUCUCAAACAAAAAAAAAAACAAAAACAAAACAAAGCGGUCGAGACCCGCACGGGCACGGCACAUGGUUCGCCUCUCGCUAGGAUCCGUUCGUUCGGCGGCACGGAGCUCGCAGCCGCAGACCGCAGCAAAAGCGAGAGCGGUCCGCCUCCAACUCCGGCCCCGGCCGCCGCGCCCAUGGACUCCUCGCAGCAGCGGACUCCUCCACCGGGGGCGACCCGGCGGCGGAUCACGAGGCCGCGGAGCCGCCCCGGCUCACGGUGAUGCAGGUGGAGCAGAUGAAUGUGGAGGCCAAGGUGGUCCACAUCUACAGCGUCCUCUUCGGAGCCGCGUCCAACACGAAAUCCGUCGUUUGAGCAUCCCCCAGAGCACUCCCCUGUUAUGGCUAGUGAUUGCGCCGGUAGUGGAGUGGCGGAUCUGCACGCGUGGAGAAAGGCUGAUUGCCUGGUUUUGUUUGGGGAUUAGAGAUUUUUGAUAGACUUUAGCUCGACAACUUCACCUAUAGCACCAUCACAGUUGAAGGGAUGCUGGGUUCCUGGACUCCUGGUUGGCUUGCUAACAUCGUUGCUUACAGAAGCUUAAUACCGCCAAUUAGGUGUUGCUAGAGCGGUGGCGUGAUCAGCAUAUCGACUUUUUGACGAAAGGGCUGAGACAUCUCGGGCCAAACUUUCAUGUGCUCGAUGCCAAUGGACGGACCUUGGCUGUGCUACUGGAUAGUUCAUCCACUUGCUUUAUUGAACGAAGUACUUGAUGAUAAUCUCGAGGAUGAUAUUGUGGACUUCUUAGCUCGAUGUCAGGACAAAGAUGGUGGAUAUGGUGGCGGACCUGGACAGUUGCCUCAUCUUGCUACAACUUAUGCUGCUUUAAAUACACUUGUGACUAUAGGGAGUGAAAAAGCACUAUUGUCGAUAAAUAGGGACAACCUGCACAAGUUUAUGCUUCGGGUGAAAGAUACAUCAGGUGCUUUCAGAAUGCAUGAAGGCUGCCAGCUUGCUCUAACAUCAGGAACUGGCAAAAGGUGUUGGGGAUUACAUAGCAAGGUGGUAUUGCUGGGGAACCCUAUGCUGAAGUUCAUGGGCUGGGUGGCGUUUCGCCAAGGAUUGGAAUGUGGAUUUCAAGGACGAACCAAUAAAUUGGUUGAUGGUUGCUACUCCUUCUGGCAGGGAGCUACUGUUGCUUUAACACAAAAGCUAAUGACGAUUGUUGUUAAACAAUUAAAAUCAUCAUAUUCCUGCAAAAGGCCUUCAGGCGAGGAUGCUUGUGGUGCCAGAUCAUCUGGGCAGACUUUAGAAAACUCUUCCACUGAGCAACCAAAUCGGCCCACUGUUCCACAACAUUGCCCUGCAGCAAUACAUUCUGCUUUGUGCAUAGCCGCCUCCUUCUCCAACGUGCUUCCUGGUGACAUCCCUGGUGACCGCGCUCCUCCCCGACGGCCCCCCUCCUGGCGACCUCCCUCAAGCCUUAUUCUUCUACCGUAUAACUACCGAGACCAUUGGAUGUUAGUUUGUAUCUAUACAUACAAACAACACUGCAUAUACCUCGACUCAAUGUACUACAACACAGAGGUAUUUAGAUCUGACAGACUUACUGACAAGGGUGUUGGAGAAGUAUGCUUCGAUAGGUGGGCUUGUAUGGAGAGAUAAACCCUCGGCGACCCACAACAUAAGUUUUCGUGUCACAAGCAGCCGCAGGGUAUCAACCUCUGCCGAUACUAUGUUGCCUAGUAUAUGAUGUAAAUUGUUAGCUUUAAUCCAUCAGUAUAUCCAUCAAUUAGUGUAAUUAUAGUAUAUUAAAAUACGUUUUUUUAUCGUUGUGUCUAACUAUUUUAAUUUUUUUUCUAUAGACAUAAAUUUCUUACAAAUAGUCUCGAGAAGGUGGAUCUUAUGUAUAUUAAAAAACGGCUCAUCCAUUUCAUAAAUGUAGAGAUCUUAAAGGAGAGCGGCGAAUUUCAUGAUCGUAAGAACUUUAUGAGUAAGGUUUGUAAUCUCAACAGAAAUAGGUCAAUUCAAUAUAUUGAAAAUGCUUGCAUCUUGCAGUCUAUUGAUGUAUUAUAAGUUAAAUAUCAAAUGAACUCAUUACUUUCUUUUAAUUCAAUGUGCUAAAACUAAUUUGUUGGUUUAUAUAUUGUCAGACACGGGUUGAUUAAGAAUGAAGAAUGAAGAUUGCUUUGCAAAUGUUGUGAGGUUAUAUAAUAUUGAUAUUUUACUUCUGUUUAUAUGUAUGAUUUUGUGACAUGAUAUAUGUGUGACUUUAUGAUAUUAAAUGAAUAUGUUCGAUCUACUAUGUAUAUGAUCUACUGUGUGUAUGGAGUUUGUUGAGGGUUAAUCAUUUACAAUAAUUUCGUGGUAUGUUGUAUGGUAGGUGCGUGAACGGUGUUUCAGGAACUGUAUAUGUGUAGAUGGUGAACUUGGGGAUACAUAAAGUUACACAGGUUCGGGUCUUUCAGAGGAUAAUACCCCUAUAUCUUGUGUGUUACUGAGGAUUUCAGUUGAUUACAGAUGAUGUUUUAACUAGUUGUCAGACUUUAUCUCACUCUCAUAUAAAUGUGGUUCUUAUCCCUUUAUAUUGUAGGGAGUAGAAGGAGAACUUAGAUGAGGAUCUAAACAGAAAAUCUCUGCUCAUCUUAAUAUCUAAUUCAAACUAUUAUUACGAAGGAUAAGAUGUGCUCACUUACUCUGAAGGCUCUAUAUAUUAUGUCUCUGUGCGCCACUGUGCUAGCCUGUAAAGUCAUAUUCUACAACAUUUAAUGCUAUUAGA